AUACACUCUGCCUAACGACCCUAAAUGUCUUAAUUUUCUUGAUCAAACCAUUAGAAUGACAUGAGAGUUGAGAAUAUGCGAUAAGGUGGGAUAAACUGAAAGAAAGAAGUCUUUGAAGAUAAUUUCUAUCCAUAUGUACAACCCAAACUUAAAAAAGAAAAAAAAAAAAAAAAAAGGAGGGGGGGGGGGGGGGGGGGGGUUAAGGUUUACGAAAUUUCAUCCACGCUUCGCCCCUCAAUCAAACAACGUGGCCCUACAAAAUGAUGAUAAGAUACAAGUGGAUGCAAACGUAGGUAGGUAGUUACUUAUAAGAAUUGAAAUGUUUAGUAAGCAAGAAGAAGAAUUGAGAAAUUGAAUAUAAGGAUGGCUUGUGUGGGGAGCGGCAUAUGUGGAGUGGGCAUCAGUAAUGCUCAUUGUAACAGGCACUCAUAUUAUUUGAAUAAAAAAGCUUUACACCACAAACUUAACAACACCACAAGUCAAUUACUAUUAUUUAGUAAGGGUAAACGAAGAAUACGAGCAGCAGCUGAAAAGGAAUCAAGCAGCAUGGCGACUGAGAUAGCCGGAGUCAAGGUCAUUAACAACCCUCCCGACUCUAAACUCGCUGACCUCGGCGUCAGGUCUUGGCCCAAGUGGGGUUGUCCUCCAAGCAAAUUCCCGUGGACCUACUCUGCCAAAGAGACAUGUUACUUGCUGAAGGGAAAGGUGAGGGUUUACCCUGAUGGGUCGAAUCAGGCUGUUGAGAUAGGUGCAGGCGACUUGGUUGAGUUCCCCAAAGGAAUGAGCUGCACUUGGGAUGUUUCUGAAGAAGUGGACAAGCAUUAUAAAUUUGAGUAAAUUUGUUCAAUCAGCAGAGUCUUCUAAACAAAUAUUUAUCAAGUGCAAAAUGUUUUAAUUUGUCAUUUAGGGAUGAUAAUUAGACGGGUUUCUCAUGUAUACAUUAUACUGUAUAAGAUUAUAUACCAGAUAUCUUGGACUGCAUUAUGUAUUAGGAUUUCUCCCUUCACCCGAUUAGCGUAAAGCUGUUUGUUAUUUCUACAUUUCACUGUUAAGAGUUUGGAUAUUGUUGAGGUUUAUGUACGACUUGGCUGUAUGCCUUAAUAAAAUAGCUGUUGGCUAUUA